AUGGACCGCCACCAGGGGCAGCGGUGCAGGUGUCCCCAUGGCCCCCGGUGUACCCGCGGACCGCGCCAUGGAGGCCCCGCGGCGGCGGCCCUUGACACCCAUGUGCGGGCCUUCCCCAUGGACGCCGACGAGCAGGCCCUGUGGAGGGCGUGCGGCAUGAACCCGGUGAGCCUCGAGUCCGACGUCACCACCAUGCUCACCUGCCUCCACUACAUCCUUCCCGGCCGCCCCGUCGUCUCCCACCACGCCGCCCUCUCCGCGCUCCUUCCCCCGCCCCACGACGGCGCCGACCGCAUCAGCGACCUCCCCGAGGACCUCCUCCGCAACAUCGUCUCCCGCCUCCCCGCCAAGGACGGCGCGCGCACCGCCGCGCUCUCCUGCCGCUGGCGCACCCUCUGGCUCUCCAUCCCGCUCGUCCUCGUCGACGCCGACCUCCUCCCCGCCGGACGCCGCUCGGGCCUCCAGGUCGCGCGCGCCGACGCGCGCCGCGUCGCCUCCGCCAUCACCCGCAUCCUCGAAGCGCACCAGGGGCCCUUCCACUUCGUCCACCUCAUCUCCUGCUACAUGCAGGAGACCCCCGGCUUGCUCGCGCGCUGGCUCCAGCUCCUCGCCGUCAAGGGCGUCCGGCAACUCUUCCUCGUCAACCGCCCGUGGCCGCUCGACAUGGCCCUCCCCGCCACCUUCUUCGGCAUGGCGACCCUCACCCGCCUCUACCUUGGCGCCUUCGGGUUCCCUCGCACCGCUGGCCUCCCGCGGGCAGUGGCAUUCCCGCACCUCCGCGAGCUCGGACUCUGCUGCAUUGCCAUUCAGAACCGGGACAUGGACUUCGUCCUCGCCAGGACCCCUGUGCUGGAGAUCCUAUGCAUCCAAGCCAACAUUCUGCUCAAGUGCCUAACCCUCGUCAGCCGCAGCCUCCGGUGCGUGCAGAUCAUAGAAGGCAUUGAUCUGAAUAUCGAUGUGAAGGAUGCCCCACACCUUGAGAGGCUCAUCAUCUGGACAUCAUCGGCACGCGAUGGCUUGCACCGGAGCCUCAAGAUUGGACAUGCCCCUGCGCUAAGCAUGCUUGGCUAUUUGGAGCCGGCGCGUCACGUGCUAGAGAUCAGCAACACGACCAUCAAGGCUGGGAUGAGGGCAAGUCAUAGUACCAUAGUCCCAAGCAUCAAGAUCCUCAGCUUAAGAGUGUGCUUUGGAAUCCACUACGACGAUAAAAUGUUGCCCAGCUUCCUCAGAUGCUUUCCCAAUGUCGAGCGGCUGCACCUCGAGUCCAAUGAAGCUCAUGAGCCUACUGGCAAGCUCAACACCAAGUGCUGGAAGGAGGCAGGUCCAAUCGAGUGCAUCCAGUCAAACAUUAAGCUGAUGAUCUUCUAUGCCUUCCGAGGGGAGCGGAACGAGCUUUCCUUCCUCAAGUUCUUCCUGGAGAAUGCGCGGAUGCUGACGAAGCUGGUCAUUGUGUAUUGCAAGGGAAGUUUCAGUUCAAUGACCGAGGCAAACUCCAAAGUGAAACCUCUGUUUGCUGCAAAAUGGGCCAGUCCAGACUGUGUACUGCAGCUCUUCGAGAGUGCACUUGAAGUAGGAGAUGACAAGUGGUUGUUGAACUUUGAAGCAGGAUCUGAUUUCUCUACAAGGGACCCGUUUGCGUGCACUGCUGCUCUCCGGGGGUGCAAUAUCUGAGGAGAAGGCAGGUGUUCACUGAAGAUUGGAGAAAGGUUUUGAUUUUCUACCUGUGCUCUGGUUCAGUAUCUACAUGGAAGGCCCUGUUUUGGAUCGUUGGCUUUUGAUUGUCAGAGGUCCUGGUUUUAUUUCCAUGACAACCUUCAGAAGUUGAUGUGAAAAACAAGUGUUGCUCAAAUGCAGUUUCUGUAUUGUUUAGCUCUGACCUAACGUUUAUCAGGUGAGAACUCACAAUUUCUGAUGAACGUGUUGCGUGAUUCUGGCAGACAGGGAUAUAUUCAUGAGCUAUUUCGUGCUUUACUAGUUUCCUUUAGAAUGCUCCGUGAAAUCUCUGUUCUAUCUGAUGUACCCUGGAUUAUUAUGCUCGUCUGGAAAGUCAAAUUAUUAUCA